CGGCUUACAAACUUGAAUGUCAAAACAUUUCAUCGAUAUCGCGAAAAUUUUGCACGACUUCGUGACUAACAGCAAAAUUUCCUGUGUAGAUUUGUGGCUAAAAAAAUUCUAAAUUUUCAAGUUUUGUGCACAAGAAAAUUAUUUCCUGUAUACAUCGAAGGCCACUAAAAUCUGGGCCAAAUGAGGAUGACAUCUCCGUCGAAAAUCAUGCUAAUAGCAUGCGGCUCAUUCAGCCCUCCAACUCCAAUGCAUUUUCGGAUGUUUGAAAUUGCACGAGAUCAUUUUGAGCAAAUGGGAUCAGCUCAAGUAGUCGGAGGAAUUAUCUCACCUGUCCACGAUUCGUACGGAAAGAAUGGACUAGUUUCAGCAACCCAUCGCUGCAAUAUGAUCAAAAUCGGACUUCAGUCUUCGGAUUGGAUUCGGCUUUCGGAAUGGGAAACCCAGCAGGAGGAAUGGACAAGAACACGACUCACCUUACAAUAUCAUCAGAAUUGCAUAAAUUCCUACCUGAAAGAUUCCAACAAUAGUAACGAUCAACAUGUUCCAUCGUGGAUUCCGGAAGGGCUGAAAAAGACCGCAAGCCAAGUUCAGCUGAAACUCCUUUGUGGGGCAGAUCUGCUGGAGUCUUUUGCAACGCCUGGCUUGUGGAAAGAUGAAGACAUCGAAGCCAUUAUUGGACAGCAUGGAAUUGUGGUAAUAUCUCGCGCUGGGUCAAAUGCCGAACAAUUUAUCUUCAACUCGGAUCUGCUGAGCCGUUAUCGGCGAAAUAUAACAAUCGUCACCAACUGGAUAACGAAUGAUGUCAGUUCUACUCUCGUUCGUCGUUUGCUGAACCGAGGAAUGUCAGUAAAGUAUUUGCUCGACGAUUAUUUGAUAGAAUAUAUUAAAAAGCAUGCUCUCUACGGCACCAGCAACACUAAGUACAUUUUGCCUACGAGUAUGAGUGGGGAAAUGAUGAGCAUUUCUCCCGUUUCCCCCACAAUUGAUGAUUCUUACGUCGAAAGCCAAAACGAGUUGAACACACUGAAUUCGCUUGAGUCUAUGGAUGAAACUGAUUUUUCACGUAAUACAUUGAACCGAGUAUUUUGCUGCGGAACGGAAAACGAGUCGAAAUCAUCAUCCAAGAAUGCAAGAGGAUUCUUAACACAUCCAGGAAGUGCCGUGAAGAUAACAACGUCUACGAUUACUUCCAAUAGCUCAACUGGCACAGACUCUGGGAUAAUUUCUCUCUCUCAUCACACAGCAGAUGAUAAGGUGGGUGACAAGCAAAGUUCAGUACAAAAAAGCACAAAUAAUCACGAGUCUAGCACCAAAACAAGCAGCACAAUGGCACUUGAAACACAAAGCCAACAAAAUUCACAAAUCAGCACAGUCACACGAGGAGACUCGAAAAAUGCGAAGGAUUUGCAGCUCUCGGUCACUGAGCUCAGGAAUUCCCAAGUUCAAUGCAAUGCUGCAACAGCGAAUGUUAGUUCAGUUAGUGCAAAUGCUUGUAAAGAACCUACAAAUGACGGCAGCCAAAUUAAAGCAAGUUCUUCUGCAGGUCGGAUCAGUCCGUCGAAAAGCUACGAUGACAUGAUAAAAUUUGUCUUCACAGAACAUGGCAUAAGAGUUAUUAGUGAUCGCGAAUAUGUGGUUUAGAAGUUGUUCUCGUUCAAUUACAGACUAGGAACUUUUUGGUCGUUUCCAAGAAGCUGAAACUUUCUGCGGUGCAGGUCUAAUGCAAUUGUUACACACAAGUCAAAUUCUAGGCACUGUUUUAGCCAGUGAGGAAUAGCGGAACCUAAGCGUAGUGUGAAUGUCAUUAGCGUUUUGAAUUAUCUUUAGAAAAACCUUCUAUCUCGCCUAUAUACACUUAUUAUAUAUGUUUACUUUUAGCUCUGACUAAUUGUUCCUGUUUCCUAUUGCAUAAUUGUUAUGUUUUUGGCUUUAACUUAUUGAAAUAUUUAUCGUUAGAUUAAAUCGAAGAAUCGUUUUUUUAUUAUCUUAGUGAUAUUCAAAUUCACUUCAAACCGGAUUGAGCGAAAUUAAAUUUCCAUAAGCCUGUUCUGCAGUCUGAGUUUUUGAGAAAAAAAAUCCCGAAUAACGCUUAGUUCAAUUUGAUUGGACCCCAAUUAGUUUAAGCCUCAAGUGAGAUUUAGGAAUUCGAAAUUGAGAUAACAAAAUGGAUUGUCAAUGAAAUGUUAAGAGCUGUCUUAAGAAAAGGGUUUGAAGAACUGUUAACUAAAAAAAAUGAUUUUAAGUCAAUUCGACACAAGUAACGGCGCACACACCACCAUAGAGGCAUACCGAAUCUGGGAACAAUAGACGCGAUACUUGGAUUUUAUUCGAAAUCCUAAAAACGAUUAUAAUGAUCGAAUAAGAGCAACAUUCGUGAUACCUACUUCUUUUUUACUCAAUUUCGCAACGAAUAAAACCCCAAAGUUAAAAUUUUCAACAGCCGGUCCUUAUAUGCUGUUCUAGUAUUGCACAAUAACAUAUAUCUUAUGAUUUUUAUGGCUUCGUAUCAACUAUGGCUUGAAACUGUUUAAUUUUAUUUAAUCCUUGUUUUAAAUAGAAGAGCUGUCAAUUUUGUCAAACAUUUCCUAUCGAAUUCAGAGUAUUCAUAUAAAAAAAACUUGUCAUCAUUGCCCAAUGGUUUCAAAGCAAAUCGUUGGUCACGGCGUGCAAUUUUUGAACAAAAAUCCUGCUCAAGUUGAUCGGAACAAAGACCCGUUGGUUUUUAUUGCACACACCAAUGAAACAAACAUUCGUAAUAAAUAGGCAAAAUAUGUCAA